AUGUCCGCGGCCACCGAGACGCCAGCCCCAUUGCUGCGCGGCGCGCUCGCGUCCAUCACCAGGCGGUCCAAGCUCCUGGUCGCCGCGUUCGACGACCUGGUCCUGUUCGCCGCGGUCAGGGACAUGCCACGUGAUCAGGAGGCCCCAGUCGUGGUUGAGGCACCAACCCCAGUUCUUGGAGAGCCGAUGGACUUGAUGACUGCUCUGCAGCUCGUGAUGAAGAAGUCAAGUGCUCAUGAUGGACUUGUGAAGGGUCUUCGUGAGGCUGCCAAGGCCAUCGAGAAGCACGCCGCUCAGCUUUGCGUGCUUGCUGAGGACUGUGACCAGCCGGAUUAUGUCAAGCUGGUGAAGGCGCUCUGCGCUGAGCACAAUGUUCACCUGGUCACUGUUCCUGCUGCUAAGACUCUUGGCGAGUGGGCUGGGCUUUGCAAGAUUGACUCUGAGGGCAAGGCAAGGAAGGUUGUAGGCUGCUCCUGUGUCGUUGUCAAGGACUACGGUGAAGAAUCUGAGGGCCUUAACAUAGUGCAGGAGUAUGUCAAAUCGCACUAG